AUGAAAAUAAUGAACAUGUUGUGUGUUAUUUUCGGUUUCCUUCAUGGAAUCUGUGUUUUGGCCGGACAUCAAGGAUUGGAAAUCCACACGGCGGAUGUCGAAGAAAAAAGGUUAUGUUCCGAAGAGAAAAUUUUUCACAUUCAGCAAAUUGACUUCCUUAUGAGAAAAGUUUCUGAACUUUCAGCUGGUUUUCAACAGCAGAAAACGGAAAUAAUUGAACUGAAAAAGGAAAAUGAAAACCUCAUUGGUGCUCUGUCGGACAUUAAGAAAAUGCUUCAAAACAGUAUGGGCAACGAUGAUCAUUCAAAGUUAAAAUAUGAAAAUGGAUUUAAUAAGAGUUUAUUGCAAGAAGUUAAAAAGUCGGCAAAAGCUACAGAAUUGAAGGGUAUAUCUAAAGUCAGAAAAGAAAGGCUAUUACUACCGCUUGAUACAACCCAAACACCCUCUGCAAGUAAAGACAUCAUAGCUUUUUAUGCGUAUAUGACGGGUGAUACCAUUAAUCCUGGUGCCUCGCGCACUUUAAUCUUUGAUAAAAUAAUCACCAAUGCUGGAAAUGGUUAUCACAAUGCCACUGGAGCUUUCAUUGUGCCCAGAACUGGCUUUUAUGUUUUUACAUGGUCCAUGCGUUUAGUUAACGGUGCUUAUCACCAAGCGGAACUGGUGCACAAUCACAACGUUAUGGGUGUGGCCUAUCUCUACGCCCCCACGGGUGACCAUACAGUCAGCGAUACGCUAGUCAUUCACGUUAAUCAAGGGGAUGACGUUUUCAUUAGGACACAGUCCGGGGCCAAUGCUGGGAACAUUGAAAGCGGACCUGGUGGACGUACAGCAUUUUCUGGAUGGAAACUUAAUUAG